AGGUUCCUGAUUGUACUUCCUGUUUCCUGUCAGGACGGGCUUCAUCAACCUGGACAAGCCUGCUAACCCGUCGUCCCACGAGGUGGUGGCGUGGAUCCGGAGGAUUCUGCGGGUGGAGAAGACGGGGCACAGCGGCACGCUGGACCCCAAGGUCACCGGCUGCCUGAUCGUCUGCGUCGACCGCGCCACGCGAUUGGUCAAGUCCCAGCAGAGUGCAGGUAAAGAGUACGUGGGGAUCGUCCGGCUGCACAACGCCAUAGAGAGCGAGCACACGCUGGCCCGGGGACUGGAGAUGCUGACCGGCGCUCUGUUCCAGCGGCCGCCGCUGAUCGCCGCCGUCAAACGGCAGCUCCGAGUCCGGACCAUCUACGACAGCAAGCUCAUUGAGUACGACCCAGAGAGGAGGCUGGGGAUCUUCUGGGUGAGCUGUGAAGCGGGGACAUACAUCCGGACGCUGUGCGUCCACCUGGGGCUGAUGUUGGGGGUCGGAGGUCAGAUGCAGGAGCUGAGACGAGUCCGCUCCGGCGUGCUGGGAGAGAAGGACCACAUGGUGACGAUGCACGACGUUCUGGACGCCCAGUGGCAGUUUGAUCACAACAAAGACGAGACGUACCUGAGGCGAGUCAUCUUCCCUCUGGAGAAACUGCUGGUGUCCCACAAACGCCUCGUCAUGAAGGACAGCGCCGUGAACGCCAUCUGUUACGGAGCAAAGAUCAUGCUGCCGGGCGUCCUGCGCUACGAGGACGGCAUUGAGAUGAACCAGGACAUUGUUGUCAUAACAACCAAGGGAGAGGCCAUCUGCACAGCUGUUGCUCUGAUGACGACGGCGGUGAUCUCGACGUGUGAUCACGGCGUCGUGGCGAAGAUCAAGAGGGUGAUCAUGGAGAGAGACACUUAUCCUCGGAAGUGGGGGCUGGGCCCCAAGGCGAGUCAGAAGAAGAUGAUGAUUCAGAAAGGACUCCUGGACAAACACGGGAAACCCAACGGCAGCACGCCGAGCGACUGGAAGAAAGACUACGUAGACUACAGGUACCCCUCGCCUGAAUGUAGACAGUAA